GGAUGCUAUUUUCACUCAUUCACCUCAUACUACAUAUGCUCCUUUAGGUCUAACAAAUGGGGUUAUUCACCCUGCCACAGUCAGUGCCUUGCUCUUUAUCGGGAGUCCUUCGACUCAACCAAACUUGAGUAUCAGUGGUCUCUUCUUUGAUAGCAUUUCGUUGUCACCGUUGAAGUUUUGGUGUUAAUGAGUAUUUUACAUCUAUGGUGCUCUUUCAUCGCUGUCGUGUACUCUUGGUUCGAUUUUGAGCCCCUGCGACAAUGCUACGCGGGGCACAAUGGCCUCGGUUUCAAAGGCCAAAAUCUACAUUAUCACCCACUCGCACACGCACGUCAGGAAUGUCCAUGGAGUAUGGUGCUAUCUAAUAGAUUUCACUAGCAAAUGGGAGAGUCUCCCAAUUAUGUCAGGUCACUCUGUAUACAAGAGGAAUAGCAAUUGAGAUCCACUGGCAUGCGUGGUCGACUGCAAGUGGGCAAG